AUGGCACGGAAAAGGUCCCCAAAAACGGGAAAGAGACGGGGAAAAAUCGAUCUCCAGCCCAAGUCAAUUUUAACGUCUGCACCAGAUCAAAAUCAGCAAGAAGCCAAGUCAGAGAACCGCCAAAGCGGAAAUAGCGAAGUCGGUGAGCACAAAACUAUCAGGAGGUUCAAACCUGAUGUAGCCGGUGUUGUACUUUCCGAACUAGCCCUAUUUAAAAUUGAUACCUUGAAAGAGUUUAGCACCAAGGCGACUUUUGAUGACAUGAAUACUACUUUUGAGAGAUGUCAUGAGAAAGUCGCGGAACUACUUCAGAAAUACCAAGACAAACAAAGCACAUACUUGAAUUAUGUGUAUCGCGAAGUCAAUGGCAAAUAUGUUCUUCGGUUAACUGACCCACCGGGCGAUUGGCCCGUGAGGAUUGCUUACCUACAAGGUGACAUCUCAGACUGCUGUAGCGAAUUGGAGUCCUGUCUCAAGCUGAUCUUGCAGGGUCAACGACGCAUUGAACUUUAUCGUCUGCGCCAUGCUUUUGAAAAAAGAGUUGCGGCCAUACUCAAGGAGCAUAAGCUGUAUUUUCGGUACGAGUUUCAGUUCGCAUACUACUGGAAAUUGAGAUGUAUAUAUUUAUCGUGGAAUCGUUACUAUCUAGAUGUUGCGAGAAAAUUAUGCGCACCAAUUUUUGCCCUUGUUGCUCAGACUUUAAGUGAAACUCUAGCGUCAUUUCGGCACCAAGAUUUGACGUAUUGGUUUGUAAGACUCGGAAUCUACUUCAAGAUAUUCUUAAACCUCUGGUCACAACUAAAUGCCCGCUUUAUCUAUGCUUCAAAAAUUGAAGACAGUAUUUACAGAUACUUCAAUGAAAAAUUUGAAAGUUGGGCAGAGCACAGGGCUAAAAAGCACACGGGUCCAGCAGAAAAGAUUGAUUAUUGGCCAGAUGAACAGUUCGGCCCAGUUCCCAAUUGUCAAGCCCUUUCGCUGGUUGUGAAUGCACUGCAGGCUCAUCUCAUUGAUUCUUCUGCGGAAGAAUAG